ACCUCCAUCUCUGAGUGCUCGUUGCUGCACUGCGGCGACGAAAAGCAUAUUGAGAAACCCACCAUGUCCUACCCGCGUCGCAAGAUCGGAGACGCAACCUUCGGGCCUCUAGGAUACGGCCUCAUGUGGGAUGUCUACGACCCUCAAGGCCUCACUUCCUCUACCGAUGACGAGCGCUUUGCGGUCCUCGACGCUGCAUUGGAAGCGGGCUGUAACUUCUGGGAUACUGCUGACAUCUAUCCCGGUUCCGAGGAAGCCGUCGGCAAAUGGCUAGCGAAGACGGGCAAGCGCAAGGAGAUUUUCCUGGCGACAAAAUUCGGCUUCGUGCAGCGCCCUGGGCAUGCGAAGGCCGGAGAGAAGCUCCUCGACGGCAGUCCUGAGUACGUCCAUGAGGCUGUCGAGCGCUCUCUCAAGAAGUUGGGCACCGACUACAUUGACCUGUACUAUUUGCACCGAGCGGAUCCGGACACACCCAUUGAGCGCACUGUCGGCGCGAUGGCAGAGCUAGUCAAGGAGGGUAAAGUCAAGCACCUUGGCCUUUCCGAGGUGUCCGCCAAGACACUGCGUCGGGCCUACGCUGUGCAUCCAAUCGCUGCGGUCCAGGUCGAAUACUCGCCCUUCACGCUCGACAUUGAGGAUCCCAAGAUCGGUCUCCUGCAAGCCGCGCGCGAACUCGGCGUCAAAGUCGUCGCAUAUUCGCCGCUCGGCCGCGGUCUUCUGACUGGACAUAUCAAAUCCACUGCCGACAUUACGGACCCCUUCCGCUCAUCUAUCCCCAAGUAUAACGCCGAAAACUUCCCCAGAAUUCUCAACCUCGUCAAGGAGCUGGAGGCCAUUGGGCAGAAGUACAAUUCGUCUUCUGGGCAGGUCGCACUUGCUUGGAUCCUGGCGCAAGGAGAUGACUUCAUCCCGAUACCUUGCACAACGAAGGUCAAGAAUCUGGAGCACAACGUCGCCGCGCUGGACCUCAAGCUAAGCAACGAAGACCUGGCCUCGAUACGCAGACACGCCGAAGAGAUCGACGCCGCUUUGCGCGGCAUCGCACGUUAUCCUCCCGGUGUACAGGAAACCCUAUUCAGCGAGACGCCAGAGCUGUGAGGUGAUAGCGACGAUCGUUGCGUAUGAUGUGUUGUGUUGGUGGUGUUGAUACAAUUGAGCAAUAUGUACGAAUGAAAAUUUAGGAUACCAGUCAGGUGGAAGCUAGCUUCCCUCCUUCCUCGACCCAUAAUGCAGAAAGUCCCAACAAGCCUUCCCCGGCUCCGCGCCCAAAAGCUCCUGCACCUGCGCCAGGCUCAUCUCGCAGAGCUCGCGUACAUUCGUGAUCUUGCUCCCCACAUACUUCACGUUCUUCUGCGUGAUCCCCGGCAGACACCUCAAGAGCUCCUCUGCCGCCGUAUUGACGCCUGCGCCCACAUCCGGGUCCUCCUCCGCGCCAAUCGCGAUAGCCGUCGUCGGGUCCGGUUCGGUACUGUCCUUCUUCAAGUCCUUGAAGAUCUCGGCGGUCGCGUAC